AAGCGGGCACUUUCAGAGUUCAGACUGCAACUUCUGUGUGUUUUCCCGCCAUGGGAGGAGAGUCGGGCGAAAUUCUGCAGAGGAAGCAAGCAGCCUACACUUGUCUGGAUGAGCCGUUCGAGAUUGGAAACGAGAAGUACGGCGGGCAGCAGUACAGCCAAAUUUACUUCGCUCGUCUCCACGUCGCCAAGACUCUGCUCUACUCGCUGAUUCCCCUCUGGAAACCUGAACUCCCCGUGUGUACGGUUUUGAGUCUUGAAGAAGGCAAGGAAUGCGUCAUCGUUGGGACCCUGUACAAGCACAUGAAACUCAAACCUCGCAUUCUUGAUGAGUACUCUAAAGAGAGAUCAGUAAUUCCACUCGUCAAGCCACACAACUUUAUGGAUGCGGAUGACUAUUUGAUUUUGGAAGAUGAGGGUGGUAGAGUUAAGCUUGAUGGCACUGUGCUUUUACCUUCAGUCUAUGUCACAGGUGUUGUUGUUGCUUUGCUUGGAAAGGAAACUACUAAAGGUGAUUUCUUGGUUCAUGAAGUUCUUGAAGCCGGACUAGCUCCACAGAUUGACAGGCCACUUAAACUGGAAGAGGACAAGUACGUUGUUUUUGUUUCUGGGCUCGGUGUUGGGAACAUGACAGCAAAUCCCCUCCAAUUUCAGCUCCUAGUUGACCAUAUCACAGGCCAUCUUGGAGAUGAAAAGGAACAGCAUAUGGCUGCCCAGAUAGUUCAUGUCGUGAUUGCUGGGAAUUCAGUGGAAAUCCCUUCAGAAUUUCUUAACGGACAGAAUUUAGCUUCGAAGGAUCAAUCAAAGCUGUCAGAUCCAAUCAAAGAGCUAGAUAUCCUGUUGACACAAAUUGCUGCAGGUCUGCCUUUAGAUAUCAUGCCAGGACCUAACGACCCUACCAACUUUGCAUUGCCUCAGCAGCCUUUGCACAGGUGCCUUUUCCCUAGCUCAAGAGUCUACAACACUUUCAGAUCUUGUACAAAUCCGCAUUGCUUUGAACUGGAUAAAAUCAAAUUUCUUGGAACAUCAGGUCAGAACAUUGAGGAUAUGGGGAAGUAUUCAGAGGCCAAAGGUGAGCUUGAAUUCAUGGAAAGGACGAUGAAUUGGAGGCAUAUAGCACCAACAACACCUAAUACACUCGGAUGUUAUCCAUUCACUGAUAGGGAUCCUUUCCUCAUAGAGAGCUGCCCCCAUGUCUACUUUGCCGGAAAUCAACCUAAAUAUGGCACCUCCUUGUUAAACGGUCCAGAAGGGCAGAUAGUACGGCUCAUUUCCAUCCCUAAGUUCUGCGAGACUGGAGUCGCUGUCAUGCUUAACUUGAGAAACCUGGAGUGUCACACUAUUAGCUUCGAAGCUGAGUUCAGCUGAUAUGAUUAUGAUAUGCUAUGGCCACACUCACAUGGGGUUCUUUUACUCUCUUCUGCUGUCUGCUGCCCCCACAUCUGGAACAUGAACAUUAAUCACACAUCAGGUUUUCCAUGUGUAACUUGUAAGGAAGAAAGUAGUCCCCCCUUCCUUCUCAGAUGAAUAUUGAUGAAGUGGGUUUUGAUUUAAGGUAACCUGAAACCUAAAUUGGGACCAUCUUUUGGUUUAUCUGUGUACUAUGUUGUUUAUAGUUCCAGAGCUAAGUAUUUUAGGUAAAGCCCUUCUUGUACAACAAACCAGAAUGAUGAAUGUUUACCUUGUAGAACUCUUUUAAUGGUGACCCU